AUGAAUGAGAUCUAUCACUGGCAAAAUAAGCCUUUCAUUGAAGUUUUACCUUAUCAAAAAGCGCACAAAACUAAUGGACCGAAUAUAACAAAGAAAAUACGUAAAAACAAAAGAAAACGUACAACAUUUACUACGGAGCAGUUAAAAGUUUUAGAGAAAACAUUUGCCAGUUCUAAAUAUCUCGAUAGUGAACGUCGUCGAGAUUUAUCAAAGGUACUAGGACUUGCAGAGAAAUGCUUAAAGGUUUGGUUUCAAAACAAGAGAAUGAAAGAGAAAAGGGAAGUUUCAGAAUCGAGCGAUUCAAUGAGCGAACAUUACACUGAUUCGAUGUCACCGGAGUCACAAUUAGGAAGUCCAGAAUUAAAUACACAAAGUACUUUUGCUAAUUAUAAUACAGAUAAUGUCAAUUACACUUACAACAUUCCACAGAACAAUCAAGAUAGUUCCGAACAAAAUCAUUCAACUUUUCAGUUAGAAUUAAGUCAAGCUAAUUUUGAUACUACUUUUGCACAGACUUCUUUUUAUGAUAAUUAUGGAUAUCCAGCACAAUAUUAUCCAUAUUUAAAGUCAGAUAAUAAUUACAAUAAGGAACCAAACAACGGAUACUAUCAAUAUUGUCCUCCACAAACUUGGUCCAGUGAGGGUUUUGAUUUAAGUUAUUUACAUAUCUAA